CCGUCAUGAACUGGACCCCAGCUUUGCGCGUCAGGUCAAUUUGUGUCGAAGACCGGGUCCAGCUGUGUCCCGCCGUUGGUUAGGCGACCUUAAGUGCUGCCCUGCUGCCCUGCUGCCCUGGCUGCUGCUGUUGCUGCUCCUCCUUGUUGCGGCCCUGCGGGGACCACCAAGCUCGCUCCGAUCUCCACCUCUAGGUGUAGGUGAGUCCUCCCCCCGAACAGGAACCACCGUCAACCCUCCAUCAAGCAACCCUUACCUAUUAUCAAGCAAAACCGUCCAGUAUCAUUCCUUCUUUGCCUGCUUGCUGCCCGCCGUGUCGUGGCGCCGUGUGCGAAACUACCUUACUGCUGAGAGAUCGCAUCCAAUUCCGAUUUCGACCCGACGAAGCGUCACUCUUGCUUUUUCUUUUUCAACCAAGCAACCAAAACCAACCUAAAUACAACAAACCUACCUACCUACCUAGCUGCCCGCCCAAGCAACGCAGUUACCAAGUUGCGCACACGCACGCAUCCACUUUCCUCUCUCUACCACAAUCACAGUCACUGGUACCGCCGCCGCACAGCGUCGCCCGACCGGCUACCAGUCCAGUCCACACCCCCCCGUCUAUUGCAUCACGCCCGCAAGCGAACAUCCGUACCAAGUCAACCAGUUUGUCCAAAUCCGCCUCGCUCGCCGACUGUAUACUCCCCCGCGAUCUUCCGCGUCCACUUCACAAAUCGCCCACAAUGGCCGACGCGACGAACGCGAACGACGAGCUCUUCCCCAUCGCCGUGCUAAUCGACGAAUUGAAGCACGACGAGGUCGUCCUCCGAUUAAACGCCAUCCACCGUCUUUCGACUAUCGCCCUUGCUUUGGGUCCCGAGCGCACUCGCGAGGAGCUGAUUCCCUUUCUCGAUGAAUCGGUUGAAGAUGAAGAUGAGGUCCUCGUUGCCCUGAGUGAAGAGCUUGGUAACUUUGUCGAGUACGUGGGGGGCCCCGCAUGGGGACAUGUCCUUCUUUCCCCCCUUGAGAACCUCGCUGCUAUCGAGGAGCCCGUGGUGCGAGACAAGGCUGUCGAAUCAUUGAACAAGAUCUGCACUCAACUCUCUUCGCAGCAAGUUGAAGAAUACUUUAUCCCUCUUACGAUUCGCCUCUCCAAGGCCGACUGGUUUACGUCCAAGGUUUCCGCAUGCGGCCUGUAUACAACCCCCUACUCGAAAGUUUCGCCGCCUAUUCAAGAACAAUUGCGCCAGCAGUUUGGACAGCUCGUCCACGAUGAGACCCCCAUGGUGCGCCGUCAGGCCGCCACCAACAUGGCCAAGUUCGUGAAGGAGAUGCCGGCUCCCAUCGUUAUCGAGGAAAUGAUACCCAUGUUCCAACACCUCGCCCAGGACGACCAGGACAGCGUCAGACUCCUUACAGUCGAGAUUUUGAUCUCUAUUGCGGAGGUUGUGCCCAAAGAGCAACAAGCCAGCCACACCGUGCUCCUCACAUCGCUACGCAGCUUGAUAGAGGACAAGAGUUGGAGGGUCCGCUAUAUGAUCGCCGACAGAUUUGAGAAGAUUGCGAAGGCGGUUGAUGAUGAGGUUGUGUCCAGAGAUCUUGUUCCUGCAUUCGUAAAACUCCUGAAAGAUAACGAGGCUGAGGUGCGGACUGCCAUCGCCGGCCAGAUCCCUGGCUUCUGUGCUUUGGUUGACCGCAACGUUCUCCUGAAUGACAUCAUGGGAAGUGUUGAGGAUCUCGUCUCGGAUAGCUCCCAGCAUGUCAGAGCUGCCCUUGGCACACAAAUCAGCGGCCUCGCUCCUAUCUUGGGCAAGCAAGAGACUAUUGAUCAUCUUCUGCCCAUGUUCCUUCAGAUGCUCAAGGACGAGUUCCCAGAGGUUCGCCUUCACAUCAUCAGCAAACUGGAGCUUGUGAACCAAGUUAUCGGCAUCGACCUCCUUUCUCAGUCUCUCCUUCCGGCCAUUGUACAGCUAGCCGAAGAUAAGCAGUGGCGUGUACGCUUGGCUAUUAUCGACUACAUCCCGCUUCUUGCCAGCCAGCUGGGCGUCAAGUUUUUUGACGAGAAGCUCAGCCAGCUUUGCAUGGGCUGGCUCGGAGAUACUGUUUUCUCCAUUCGUGAGGCCGCUACUCAAAACCUAAGGAAGCUGACCGAGGUGUUUGGUGUUGAGUGGGCAAGCGAGGCUAUUAUUCCCAAGGUUAUGGCUAUGGGUGCCCACCCCAACUACCUUUACCGGAUGACCACUUGCUUUGCUAUCACGACCCUGGCUACCGUUGUCAGUCUGGAUGUGAUUGCCAAGUCCAUCCUUCCGAUGCUGGAAAAGCUCACAGCCGAUUCGAUCCCCAAUAUUCGCUUUAACGUCGCAAAGACAUAUGGCAUCAUCAUCGGUGUUCUGCGUCGUCUGCCCGACGAGGGCACCAUCUAUACGCUAGAGAAGGAGGGCAAGCCUGCCACCCCGUCGCCCAAGGGUCAGGAGCUCAUCCAGCAGCGCAUCAUGCCGUGCUUGGAGAAGUUGCAAAAGGAUGAUGAUGUGGAUGUGCGGUACUUUGCGACGACUGCUGCGGCCCAAGCAACUGGUCCUCUUAUGGGAGCUGCCACCGAGGCAGGAAAUCCUGUUCCUAGCGGUGGGGAGCCCAUGAACACAUCUCCAUAGACAACGGAUUUUGAGACGGAAGAACAUAGGAAAGCAGAGAGUCCCACCUAAUGAAGAAAGUUUUUGUUACCAUCAAUGAGCCAACAGAGCAGCGUUAGGACUAUGAUAAACUAGUGGCCAGUUUUUCUUCCUUAGACUUGUCGUAGUCACUCGGGCACUGUACCAUCACCGCUGUUUAUACAUUACAGAUUCAAGAACAUGGUUUUGCACUUUUCUUGUUGACAUCUUCACUGUUUCUGUGGUAGAAUUAUUGUACGCUACAGGAUCGCGGAGGUUCUAUUCCUUUUUGUUCGUUAGUUGAUACUUAAAUAGUUGAGCAUGGUCGGCUGGCUAAAUGCCCAUCAGAGGAUAGCGUGGAAGGGAAUAUGUGGGCUCCAGUAACUACGACCCGAGAUACCACUGGGAGCAGGCAUGCCAAUAUGAGAAGUAUCGGUACAAGGGAUGAUAACAAUCAACGAUCACUGAUAAA